GUCAAAGGGCGAAGCUAUGAGUCCGGGGGCUCAGCUAUUUCAUGCCCCAACCUUAAACUGUUACGUCAUUGCUUCCAUCGGAGUCAAGACCAGAAUGAACCCUCAUGUUAUUAAAGAAGGUUUACGCCAUACUUUGCUUAAGCAUCCCAGGUUUACGAGCAAGCUGGUUAUGAAAGGAAGAAAGCCUUGGUGGAUUCCCACAACAGUGGACUUAGAGAAGCACGUGAUAGUGCCUGAAAUAGACCCCGACUUAGACUUCCCUGACCGAUUCGUUGAGGACUACACUUCCAACCUCACCAAAACUCCGUUAGAUUGGAGCAGGCCAAUGUGGGAACUUCACCUCCUCAACAUCAAAACCUCCAACUCACAAGGGCUAGGCAUUUUACGGAUUCAUCAUUCCCUUGGAGAUGGUGCCUCCCUCAUCUCUCUCCUUCUCUCUGCUACUCGCAAAACCUCCGACCCUCAAUCCUUACCAACCCUCCCCACCAAGAAAAGGGCCGUUAUGCCCCCACCCUCCCCUCCUUUUUCCUCUUUCUGUUCCUUCUUCUUGCCUAUUUUCUCUGGCCUAGCUCUGAUUUGGAACACCGUGGUGGAUAUGAUCAUGUUUUUUGCCACCAUUUUGUUCCUCAAAGACUCGCAGACUCCUCUCAAAGGUUUUCCUGGCGUCGAGCACACCACCAAGCGUUUCGUGCAUCGCCACGUUAGCUUGGAUGAUAUUAAGCUCGUCAAGACCGCCAUGAAUGUGACCAUCAAUGAUGUUUUACUGGGAAUCACACAAGCUGGUCUGGCUCGUUACUUGAAUCGGAUACAAGGUGUGGAUGCCACCGGCGGAGCCCCAGAGCAACCAAGACGAAACAAUAAGAUCAAAGACCCGAGGCUCAGGGCGGCCAUUCUUUUCAACGUUAGACCGACUGCAGGAAUCCAGGAACUAGCAGAUAUGAUGGCUGAGAAAUCAAAGGUGAAGUGGGGUAACUGGAUAGGAUACAUCAUCCUCCCAUUCGCAGUCGCUUUACAAGAUAAUCCCAUCAAAUAUGUUCGUCUGGCUAAGUCCACCAUCGACCGCAAGAAGCAUUCCCUCGAAGCUAUCUGCACAUUUGGCUGUGCCAAGUUGAUGCUCAAGCUAUUUGGCAUGAAGGUGGCUGCUGCUGUAACACAGAGAGUUCUGUAUAACACGACACUGACCUUCUCCAACGUUGUUGGUCCCGUGGAAGAAAUUAGCUUUUGUGGUCAUCCCGUGACAUUCCUUGCCCCUAGUGUGUAUGGUAACCCACAUGCACUGACCAUCCAUUUCCUGAGCUACGUGAAUCAGAUGACCAUCUCCAUGGCAGUGGAACCAAGCAUCAUUCCUGAUCCUCAAUUGCUGUGCGACGAUUUAGAAGCAUCGCUCAAGCACAUUACCGCUGUUGUCAAGAAAACGUUCAUUCCUGAUAUCGUCUGAAUUGUUUUCUGAGAGCCUCUUUUUAUUGCUUCGCCCAAAACAGAUUCCGUCCUUUUAUUUGUACCGACCUCGUUUAUGAACAGGCUACGUACUUGGCAUUUAUUGUGUUUAAUUGGUGUCAUCUACGAUUCCCAGUGUGCACUGCUAGUAACAGUAAGCUUUGAUGCCCAUGGUGGGUUCAGAUAUAAGUGAAAGAAAGU